AUGGCAGCGUCGACGAACUUCUCGUCGUCCGUGUCGAGCCACGCAUCUCAGGGCUCGCACUCUGUCACGACUCCUCUAGGCACUCCUUCAGCACCUGCUCGCACAAACUCAUGGCGUGUUCCUGGCCCCUCGACGCGUUACCACAAGAGUGAACACGCCCGACCAAAACCAACUCCUCGCUCCAGCACCACUGGCCAACACGUUCGCAAUCAGUCGUCACUUUCAACCCGCUCUUCUCACACCGAGGCUUCCGGCAUCCCCUCACCUCUCGCCCGUCUCAAUUUCACACGCGACUCGCCCAAGGACUAUUCCUACAACCCUAAUGACACCAUCAAGCCGCGCAACUCCCCUGCAACCCCUCUGCGCUCUCCCCACCUCGCCAGCAAUAACUUCAACAACCUGCGCUUCCAGGGCUCCCCCUUCUCCGACUACUUCACCGACGACGCAAAAUCCGUCGACCACAAUGCCCCCUACCAUCCUUCAGAUCCUGCUCAGAAACUCCUGCUACGCCUGAACAAUCUGGGCGGCGACAUUUUACGCCUCGGUCUCCAGGACGACUCGCUUUCAGAAUUCAACGAGAAGCUGUGUACCCUCGAAGCAAUGGUAAACGAUGGCGGUUACAGUGACGAAGGAUCCCUGACCGAAGAAAGAGACCGUCGCAACUCCUUCCCGGGACGUUUCUACGCUGAAGAUCACUCUCAAGGUCACGAAGCUCGCGAGCGUAUCCUGUCUCCUGAGCACUCGAACAAGUCUCGCUUGUCUGCCGUCUGGAUGGCUGAUGCUUGCGAGUAUGCCGAUACCUUCACUCAAACCGAUCUUGAACCUCAGCAUGGUCUUGGUGUUUCGUAUGCUACCUCAUCUAUGCAGACUGAAAGAAGAGUUCCAAAAGACAUGGCUGAGUCUUCCGUUUGGAUCAACAACUAUGCCGAUAUCUCCACCCAGACCACGGAUGAUGGUCUUGUCGCUGACUUGCAAGAAGUCGUCGAGCGUCUAGCCAAGGCGAACGAAUCUCUUCGCCAGCGUUACGACCAGAGCAAGGACGUAUGCGACACCCAAGCAGUUCAGAUUGAAGAACUGACUACUCAAUUGAUGACCGUCAAGUCCGAGAACGACAGUCUCAAGCAGGACUUGGGCUUCGAUCACUCAGAACUGUUGUUCUUGAAGUUGCAGCUGCAAGCUCUCGAGAUUCAAAAGGAGAAUUACGAUCACAACAACCACGUUCUUCUUGCUGAGGACUUUGCUCAGUGGAAAGCUGAUUGGGACAGUGUUGAUGCUCGCCUACGUUCGAGAAGACAGAAGAACCGCGUCACAUCUGCAGAUAUCAAAGACUUGCCCAGCUUGGACAACGAGACGACUGUCAAGCCCGAGGACCAAGGCAACUGGCAGCUCGAGACUCGCAAGCACCUCCAUGGCAGAGUUCAUUCCAUCACUCUUAAGCGCGUUGAUGAGCCUGAAGCCCAACUCGAAGAAGGUGCCUUGAUUGACUCACACUUCGACAUCCCUGCCUCACCUGUUAUCAAGACUGUUUACACCGAACAAUUCACACAGACAGAAUACGAGACUCCCGAAGAUCAGACCACUCAGGCCGAAGAACUCAGCUUCGUUACACAAGAGACGCAGACUGACAGCGAACCUUCUCCUUCCAUCUCUUUCUCUAAUUCCGACAUCAAGGUUCAACAGACAGAGCCUGUCGAGGUCGCUAAAGCUGAAGACGAAACAGAAGAAGAGGACGAUGAAGAGGAAGAGGAUAUCUCCGAUGAAUCCCAGCCUACCUCGCCUUGCUGCGAGAAGGAGCAUUUGUGCACAGCAUGCGGCGAAAACAUCGAUUAUUCUUCCGAAGAUGAGGAAGUCGAGACCAAGACUCCCUGGCAAGAGCUUUGUGACGGCCUCGUCGCGUUCGCUGGUAUGCAACGCGAGUAA